ACUUGAUUAUUUUUCAUAUUAUAAAACUGUUAAAUAUUUAAUUCUGAUAAUAUUAGUAAAUAAUUUUUGUGUAUCUAUAAAUUUUGUACAAAAAUAGUUUUAACAAUUUAAAAAAUAAAAUAAAACAUAUCUACUUAAUUACAAUUGUCACAAUUGUAUGAUGAAGACAAAUAUCGAACAGGAAGGCCCAGCGAUGUCGAGAAGCUUACAACUUUUGGUCAUCGGAGUUUUCGUAUCGGCGUGUGCGGCGUACAGUGGGGACGAAGGAUCAACAGAUUAUUUCCGUGGUCAUGAGCCACGAGGCGCCGAAGGUAACAGACAGCUGCCAGUCAUAUUGAUGCACAAACAAGCACUGCAAGAAGACGGCGGGUUUCAGUACGCUUUCGCGGCCGACAACGGUCUUCGACAAGGUGAAUCGAUCCGACCGGACGGAAGUCGGACCGGAGCGUACUCGUACACAGACCCCGACGGUAAAGAAAUAUCCGUCAAGUAUACAGCUGGUAAGGACGGUUUCCGCAUAAUACAGGGCGACCAUGUGCCAAAAGCGCCGUUAUCCGUGGUACCAUUACAACAGCAAUCGUCGGCGCCCGCUUACGUUCCACCGUCUCCCGGCCGUUCGUUCGCUAAGAACAGAUUGUUUGGAGCACCCGGUGGACCUGGAUCUCAAUUUAGCAGAGGCGAUUUCAAUGGCGGUGGCAAAUUUGAUCAUAAUAGUGGAGAAGCUUAUGGUUCACCAUCACCGUACAAAUCGAAGUAUUCGAAGCCUCAACAACACUAUAGAGUUCGUGAAGAUAAUAGUGCCGAAUUAGCGGCUAGGUACGAUGACGAUGGAUCUUCCGGAUUCGAUGGUGCCGGAGAUUAUAGCAGUCACAGUCCGUUCCGAGCUCCUUUGUCACAAACACAUGCAGCUUACAAUGGCGCCAGUGAUAACUUACAAAAAGAUGAUGCCUCUUUCAAUAGCAACGAGCGACAACCACAUUCGUUCGGUGGUGGUUAUGCAUUCGAAUUUGGCAAUACUAACAAUAAUGAUGGAGCGUCACCUGAAUACUAAACAAACUAUGUUUUUGUGUUUCUCCAGAACUUUGAUAAUUAAAUGUAUACUCGUACACCAUAAUUUCAACAAUAACUUUAAGAAUAAUUAUUUUGUUGAUAAUUAUUUAUAUUCUUUUUUAAGAUUGUUAUAAGAUA